UGUAACAUUAUCCUGUCCAAACUAGGAGAGGAAGGAAAAAGAUGAAAAUAGAAUCGAUUGAUCUGUGUUGCUCCUCCAACUCUUCUUCUUCUUCUUCCUCAGUGCUCGUGAUUCUGUUUUUGUUCCUUUUCUCUGCUGCUACUGCUUCCACUUACAUUUCAGAUGACAUUUUUGGGUCUGGCGCUUCCACCGGACGUAACCUGCUUCAGGCCAAGAAAGCUUGCCCUGUGAGCUUUGAGUUUCUGAACUACACAAUUAUCACAAGUCAAUGCGAAGCACCGGAGUACCUACCAAAACUGUGUUGUCCAGCUUUUAAAGAAUUAGCAUGCCCUUAUGUAGACCAAUUGAAUGACUUAACUACUUAUUGCUCUGAGAACCUGUUCAGCUACAUCAACCUCCAUGGGAAUUACACACCAGGUCUUUUUUCCACUUUGUGCCGGGAAGGGCAGGAAGGAAUCCAAUGUCCCGCAUCACCACCAACACAAUCACCCAAUGCCGGAGGGAGUCCGAUCAUAUGCGAUCCAACCUGGUUGCUCAUGCUCAUAACCGCCUUCCUUAUGCCGUUGUUGCGGUAGAGGUUGAGUACAUCAAACCCUCCUCACACUCCGCACCCUGUAAUGGUGGUGGGGAUGGAACCAAAAAUCUUGAUUUGGCAGUAAAACUAGUCAAAUGUAAUUAAAAUUCAAUUUUUAAGAAUUUUGUGGGCACUUUGAUUUCA